CGUAGAAGGAGCGACGCAUAACAGUCGUCUCCAUUCUUUCAUUUCGUGGAUUUUUGGUCGGAAUAGCGUAGAGGAAGAAGAAGAAGAAGGUCCAUCCAUGGCGUCUCGAGCCAUUCUCCGUGACCAACCACCCAGAGGGGAAGGAGUGAAGCAGAAGAAUGUUGCAGGAGAUGGCAGAAACAGAAAGGUUCUCAGAGACAUUGGGAAUCUGAGAAAUGCUCCACUUGAUCAGAUUGGCCGCCCCAUCACUAGAGGAUUUUGUGCUCAAGACAAAAUCAAGAAGCCAGUGGUGGCAGCACAGAAGAAAGAAGCUGCUGUGAAACCAUCCCCUGCAAGAUCAGUGAUUGUCAUAAGCUCUGAUGAAGAAGAUGAAGUAGAAAUCUUGAGUGGAAAGAACAAGAAGAAGACUGGAAAGACUUUCUCCUCUACUCUCACUGCAAGAAGCAAGGCUGCCUGUGGAAUCACCAAGAAACAACAGAAUGAACAAAUCCUGGAGAUUGAUGCAGCAGAUUCUGGCAAUGAAUUGGCCGUGCUUGACUACGUUGAAGAUAUCUACAAAUUCUACAAGCUCUCAGAGGAUGAAGGUCGAGUGGGAGAUUACAUGGCGGCGCAACCAGAGAUCAACGCGAAGAUGAGAGCUAUUCUUGUGGAUUGGCUGGUGGAAGUUCACCGGAAGUUCGAGCUCAUGCCGGAAACUUUCUACCUUACGGUUAACCUAAUUGAUCGAUUUCUUUCGAUGAAGACGGUUCCCAGGAAGGAGCUUCAGCUGGUAGGGAUAAGCGCGAUGCUGAUCGCGUGCAAGUAUGAGGAAAUCUGGGCGCCGGAGGUGAACGAUUUCAUCAUGAUUUCCGAUAACGCGUAUGUUAGGGCUCAGGUUUUGGCCAUGGAGAAGACGAUUCUCGGGAAGCUGGAAUGGUACUUGACGGUUCCGACGCCGUACGUUUUCCUGGUGCGGUACAUCAAGGCGGCAGCCGCCGCUGCCGCCGCCUGCGGCGGCGGCGCGGAUGAUGGAAAGGAGAUGGAGAACAUGAGCUUUUUCCUGGCGGAGCUCGGAGUGAUGAACUACUCAGCCGCGGUUGUUUACGGGCCGUCGAAGCUGGCGGCCUCCGCCGUGUACGUUGCGCGGUGCACGAUCAACGCCGCCGCAGCUCCGCGGUGGACUGAGACGCUCCGGCACCACACGGGGUUUUCCGAGGAGGAGAUCGCGGAUUGCGCGAAGAUGCUGGUUGGCUUCCAUUCCGGCGCGGCGGAGAAUAAGCUGAAGGCCGUUUACAGGAAAUUCUCCAGCCCGGAAAGAGGCGCCGUCGCCCUCUUCCCCCCGGCGGCAGCGCUUCUACCACCGCCUACCGCCGCCGCCGCCAUAACUUGUUGAAUUCCUGGUUCAAAUACUACGCGCCAUGGGAGGGAUCAAUGCUUGAAUGAUCUAUGUUAUGUUAGAAUAUUAAUUUCAAGGAUUUAGUAGUAAAGACAUUGUUCUCAAAAAAAAAAAAAAAAAAGUAAAGACAUUAGUUAUGUUCUUUGUUUUGUUAAUAUGUUUGGUUUUUCUCUUUGCCCAUGCUAUGUAAGCAUAUGGAUUAUCUUCAA